GUUUAAUGGAGUUAGUGACAAUAGAGGGAUGGAAAUCCGAUAAUUGUACGUUCCGGCCAGGUUACCUGGCCCAGUUUGUACGCAUGAUGGCGGAGAAACUACCUGGAUGUCGUGUCCGCGAAACGACUGUAAUUGACUGUAGAAUAAAGACCCUAAAGCGGACAUUCCAAGCCAUCGCCGGAAUGCGGGGGCCAGCAUGCAGUGGCUUUGGGUGGAACGAUGAAGAGAAAUGUAUAAUUGCGGAGAAAGAAUUAUUUGAUAAUUGGGUUAGGUCACAUCCUGCAGCGAAGGGACUCCUGAACAAACCAUUUUCGUAUUACGACGAACUUACAUAUGUGUUCGAUCACGAUAGGGCGACAGGUCGAUUCGCUGAGACAUUCGUCGACGUGGGGUCUAUCGAGCCUGGCGGGUAUGAGGGAUUUAACAUGGCGGAUGGAAACGAGGAGUUCCUGCCCGUGUACAGCCAGGGGAUUGACAUGUUGCAGAACGAUGUACGCGCAUCACGACCUUCUCGCGCUUCAGAGGGUAGGACCAGAUUGAAUGGAUCCAAAAGGAAGAGGGGAAGUCAGCGAGAGGUGGAUGUUGAAGGCAUACAUUUGAUGCUCAACCAAACAAACGAGCAACUCAGGAUGAUUGUGGAGUGGCCUGCACGCGUCCUUGUCAAUGACAACCACGUGCGCACGAAAUUCUUUUGCGUAUUGCGUGAGAUGUCGGAACUAACGAGUUUGGAUAGGACGUUAUUGCAAAGGCAUAUUCUGUCUCGUAUGGACGACCUUCGGGGUUUCAUAAUCAUGCCUGAGGAUGAGAGGGAGGGAUUUUGUAGAGUCCUCCUACGAGACAUGACGAGAUAGUUUAUGUUUGUACUGAACUGAGUGCUUCUUAUUUGCUUACUUUUUUUUUUGUAUGAUAUUGACUGUUUAUG